AUGACUUCCAAAUUGCUUAAUGUCUCACUCCAUGUUGACGAGAAUAUGGCCUUUGGUGUUUCCAGAGACGACAAUAUCCCUAAACCAGGCGACGGAGAGCUCCUUAUCAAGACUCGUUUCUCCGGUGCGAACCCGGCAGAGAUUAAGCAUGCAACACACCUUGGCAUAUACCCUACACGACUCGGCUAUGAUUUCUUUGGAAAAGUCCUCAAGGCUCCCCCAGGCUCAGCCUCUAAGGUUGGACAAACUGUGGCUGGGUAUACUCCAACCAGCGUAGGUCGACCAGCCGGGUACGGCACGUAUCAGAGCUACUUGGUCCGCCCUGAGAACAUGGUCUACUCGGUUCCUAAGAAUCUUCCUUCCGAUUAUACGGCAUAUUUAACAGUAGUUACUAUAACUACAGCAGAUACACUGUACAAAUUUUACAAAUUUCCUCUCCCUAGCGAUUUAACCUAG